GAAAUUGUGCAGCUGCAGUUUAGUCAGGGAACUAGUCUGCUUAAGCUUUCCCAUACCAUUGGGCCCCAUGUUCAUAUCGGCCCCCAGCUGUGCCAACCCAACCUAUUCUUUGUUCUUCCUCUGUAUAAAUACCCUCACCAUAUCACCUUCCUUUCAAAACAAGCAACCGUUCCCUUCUUAAUACACUUACGCUGAAAACACUGAUAUAAAUAACAAACAUAUAUUCACUUUUAUAUAUACAUAUAUAUAUAUAUAUAUACACAUCAGAAAGAAAACCCACAUCAAUACCGUCACCAUGGGUGUCGACGUUCCCGCCUGGCCGCACUUUCUUUUCAGGGUCUUUGAGCCUUUAUCCUGUUUCGGCGGCUAUAUAUUCCCUCUCCUAGACCUUAACAAGUUCAUCGUGGACUCAACACCAAACAUCCCACCGCCAGAGACCAUCCAUCCAAGCAGCGUCGUCCUAGCCGGCCAACUAGGAAACAUCUACGCAGUCCUCGGCCUCCUAAGCUUCCUCAUCCACCACAACACCAACGACCCCAAAGUCUUCCGCAACUACAUCCUCGCCUACGUCUUCAGCGACAUCAACCAUCUCUACGCCACCUACCGCGGCGUGGGUUGGGACACCUUCGUCGACCCCUGGGCGUGGCAGAACCUCCUCACCUGGGGCAACAUUGGCAUGACGGUAUUUAUGCUCGUGAACCGUAUCCUGUUCCUCCUUGGGGUCUUCGGAAAUGCCAAGACGUCUGAGACCCAUCGGAAGAGGAGCUGAGCCGGCGCAGCACAGCCGACGAGGACGACACAAUCCGGCCGUGUGGGUGAGGAAUCGCUGGGGUGCGGAGAUUAACGCUGCACUUUUGCUCGGCUUG